AUGUCGCGUCGCGGAGGUCGCUGGGGCAUGAAUUUUAUUUCGGCCAGUGGUCCACAGUCACACUUGUCAAUGAACAGUUUGCAGGCUGCUGAAAUGACGGCUCAGGAGUUGCAAGAUCGCUCCAAUGACCCCUCUAAGGUUAGAUCCUCCGCCUACCCACCACCACCCUCAUUCGCGGGUGCUCCACCCAGGGCACAGACCUCAUUUGCGCCUUCUUACAACCCUCAAAGGGCCAGUGGUGGCAGUUCCCGAGCAUUUUCUCAUCUGGGCAAGCGCCGCAUGCAGGAUGAUGAUGAGUACUUUAACGACGAUGAAGAGAAGGAUGAUGAGUUGGAAUACCUGCCGGCUCCCGGAAGCCCUGCCGCACAGGGCGGUCGUGGAGGCGGUGAGACCGGAAGUCCUGCUGACAAGGCUGCUGACUCAGACGACUCCGAUGAUCCUUUGGACAAAUUCAUGCAGGGCAUUGAGGCAAGCUUAAAUGUACGUGAUGACAUUGAACAGGAGGAUGAAAUGGAGGCGUAUCUGCGUUUUAUGGAGGAGAAUCCCAAUGUGGGUGUCUUUGGUGACGAGGAUGAAAUAUAUGAGUAUGACGAGGAGGGAAACGUCAUUUCGAUGGAGAAGAAGACCAUAGAUCCCUUGCCACCAAUCGACCACUCUCUCAUAAACUACACCCCAUUCAGCAAGAACUUCUACAUCCAGCACCCUGAUAUCGCAGCACUGAGCGAGACAGGUGUCAUGGAUUUGCUUAAGAAGUUAAAUAUUCGUCUGAGCGGCAUCUCGCCUCCACGACCUGUUUGUUCUUUUGCCCACCUUAAUUUGGAUGGCGCACUAAUGGAAGCCAUCAGGCAGGCGGGCUAUACGCAGCCUAUGCCCAUUCAGGCUGCUGCUGUGCCCGCCGCUCUAUCGGGGCGCGACAUUGUGGGCAUCGCCAAGACCGGAAGUGGGAAAACUGUCGCCUUCCUCUGGCCGAUGAUCACUCACAUCAUGGCUCAGCCGGAAUUGAAGCUGGGAGAUGGUCCUAUUGGGAUAGUGUGUGUGCCAACUCGCGAAUUGGCCAUUCAGAUCUACACAGAGGCCAAAAAGCUGGCCAAACCCUACAACCUCAACGUGGUAUGUGCCUAUGGUGGUGGGAGCAUGUGGGAGCAGCAGAAGGCUUGCGAGGUCGGCUGCGAAAUCCUCAUUUGUACACCGGGUCGCUUGAUUGAUCUAGUUAAGAAGAAGGCCACAAACUUACGUCGUGUAACAUUCCUCGUUUUCGAUGAAGCUGACAAGAUGUUCAAUCUGGGAUUCGAACCACAAGUGAGGUCUAUUGCUAAUCAUGUUCGUCCCGACAGACAAGCUCUUCUCUUCAGUGCCACCUUCAAGAGCCGAAUCGAGCGCUUGGCACGCGAUAUUCUCACUGAUCCGGUUCGUAUUGUGCAAGGCGAAGUUGGCGAGGCAAAUGAAGAUAUCACUCAGAUUAUUGAGAUUUUCAACAAGUGGGAUGAAAAGUGGGACUGGCUUACGCGAAAUGUGGUUCGUUUUACUGCAGAGGGCAGCGUCUUGAUCUUUGUGACGCGAAAGGCACAUUGUGUUGAGGUGGUGGAGAAGUUGAAAGCGCGGGAUAUGAAGGUUCUCCUCCUUCAUGGUGACAUGCAUCAGUCGGAUCGCAACACUGUCAUCCACAAAUUCAAGCACAACGAGGCCCCCAUCCUUGUUGCCACUGAUGUCGCCUCUCGUGGUCUGGACAUUCCCAGCAUCCAUACCGUGGUGAACUACGAGGUGGCUCGCGACAUCGACACUCACACUCACCGUGUGGGUCGUACAGGUCGAGCUGGUGUCAAGGGCACGGCGUACACCCUAUUCGUGGCAGGUCGUGAUCCUGCGGACUUCGCAGCACAUCUGGUGCGUCACCUGGAACUGGCAGGCCAGGCAGUGCCGCCACGCCUCCUUGAGAUCGCCCGUCAGUGCGUGUGGUUUGCUGAGAAUCGGGCAAAGGCGGCAGCGGCGCGGGCAGAACACCCACGGCCCGGCAUUGGCUUUCAACCCCGUGAAAGGCCGUUGCCAUCACGCACCGAUUUCCGUGCCGGUCAGGGCACCUCCGAAUCUGCUUCCACUGGUUCCGCCUCUUCUAUCUCUGACCUCCACUUCCCAUCAUGGCAGCCUGGUUGUGGACCGGCCACUGUCGCUGCCUCCAGUGCACAUCAGACGGAUCGCCUGGCGGCAAUGAAGGCAGUGUUUGCGUCGCAGUACAAUCGCCGUUUCGUUUCCGCGGGUGUGGAGUCCACAAAGUACACGCACCCCGAACUCCUCGGCGCCACCACCGCCACUGCCACCACUACGAGCGACGCCGUCGGCGAAUUUCGGGUGCCCCAGGCCCCUCCUCCUUCUGGUGUCGCCUCCGCACUGCAGACCAAACGGAGGCGAUCACGUUGGGACUAA